CUCACAGCUGGGCGUGCACGUGAAGUGAAAGAAAUUAAGGAGGCGUUCCGAAGAGACCCGAAGGGCUGUGGGAUGAAAAUAUUUAGAUGAUGCAGGAUGUUUCACAACACUAGCUGCCACUCAGUCUACUUAAGAAGAAAUACAUCUGCAUUCGCUGUCAGUCAGAAAUAUCCAACUGCGACGGCGGCAACACCUAGCCUAAUUAAAAUCUCGACAGCGACCGACUCCUAUGAAAUUUGACUGACAACUCCGAUUUACUGACAACACACAACAAUCAAAACGUCCAGAGAUGGAUUUUUACAAAUAUUUAAACAUCAAGGGAUUUGACGUUAAAACAUUGUUCUGGGCAUUAACUGUCAUGGUAAUUGUACAGACAACUGAAAACAUUAUAGAAAAGGAAUUCUUGUGCCCGUGUGACAGUAAAAUAAAAUCCAUUUAUGUUCUUUUAAUUUUUUGUGCUCCGUUCGUUGUUCUAACUUGUUUCACUGCCACUUUGCAAACGAAAAGUAGAAUCUGCUGUGGGAGUUUAAAUCGCACGUUUUCUUGCAAAAUAUUUUUUAGUAUUUUGUACCCAGGUUUUUGCUGGGUUGUCAUUCUAUUGCUAGAUGGCAAGUAUCUUGAAUGUGCGGAUUCAAAAGAUUGCAUGAACGGAACCUCGACAGUAAAUGAACACAUACCGAGAGCCACAGAAUAUAAAAAAGUUUGGUCUCAGGUUGCUGGAUUAUGUUUGUUAUGCGUCAUGUCUCUAUGUUUCUUAAUCUGCUCCUUUAGCUAUAGCUGUAGCAUUACUCCCAAUUACAACGAGCAACCUUCUGAAGAUACAGUUCACAAUGCGUUCAUUACGAGCAUGUAUCAUAACCAGAUGGAAGAUCAACUUGAGGAAUGUCUGAAGACCUUCACAAAGGAAAAGUGCAAAGCUGCAAUCGAUCAACUUAAUAGACAGUUCUAUAAAGAAAAUGAAAGUUAUAAAAUUGACAAAAAUCUUAAAUACCUGGAACCCAAAGACAUAACCGUGGACGAAGUUGCCAGAAUAAUCUCACGUUUUUCUCACUCGUCUGCAAAUCAAGGGAUUUCAAACACACCUAGAAUUAACCAGCCGGCAAAUCCAGGAUCUCCAGAGAAUAUUCCACUCAUGGAUAACCCAGCAACGCACUCUCCCCCGGGAACAGAGUCCACAGAGAACCCGGCAUCUAGCUCUGGGGCAACUAGCUCUGGGGCAGCCAGCUCUGGGGCAGCUUUCAGAGAAGAACAUUUGUAAUCAUGACUCCAAGGUGCGGUACGUACAGGUCCCCAUGGAUGAGGUCAAGACCAAAAUUGAGACAGAGACCGGAUAUGUUGAGACCAGUAUAUAUGCAAACUACAUAGAAAGUAAUAUUCAUUAUGCUUCAUUAUCGCUUCAAAUUAUUUUCUCAUGUUUUCACUUACACACAUUAUAGGAUUGUGCUUUUAAAAUUGCUUAAUCUUUUACAUCAGACUUUUAGAAAUAAUGAAGCAAUAAAAUGCAUUAACUUUUAAAUAUAUUAUUAUUAAUACAAGUAUGAUAUAAAAUUAAGUAUAGGCUGAAGAAUUGUGUUUACUUCUCAAAUUGGAUUAGCAGAAGACACUGGUAUAACCAGAUUACAGUACUGUACUAUAUUGUGUACAUUAUGCUUGAAAUUACAAGCACAAAUAAUUAUAGGAAAAUCUUUUGUAGCAAAAGUUUUGCUUUUGUGUAUGAGGAAAAAAUGUUACAAGAAAUAGAUGUCUACAAUUAUUUAUUUCAGUAUUUUUUCAAAACUCCAUUUUUUUUUUUUUUUUUUUUAAUUCUAAUCAAAAGUAUGCAAACCCUGACAAGGAAAAUUAAAUGAACAGCUAGUUGAGGCACUUUUAGUAACAAUAACCUCUUAAUGAUUAGGAUAUCUGAUAUAGGCAUGAUUCUUUAGUGAUUUUUAAAUUAAUUGUUUAAUCAUACACCUGACUAUAUGCCUACAAAAUCCCUGACUUUGUGCAAGUGUACCUAGAAGAAUUGAUGCUGUUUUGAAGGCAAAGGGUGGUCACACCAAAUAUGGAUUUGAUUUAGAUUUUUCUUCUGUUCACUCACUUUGCAUUUAGUUAAUUGAUAAAUAUAAUCUAUUAACAUGUCUAUUUUUGAAAGCAUUCUUACUUUAGAGCAUUUUUUCACACCUGCCUAAAUCUUUUGCACAGUACUGUAUAUAUAAUUGUGAUGGGGUGCCAGCUCGCCCCUAUAAUUUGUGUUGUUAUUAUUUUGCAGGGAACUAGCAAAACAAGAGUUCAAUUGGGCAAGUCUACAAUACAUAAAAUGGAGGCAAACAAUUAUCUAUGCCAAUGCUAGACACAGGCGAAUAAGGGAGAGCUAUACACAGUAUUACUGAUCAGGAUACAUUUAUUAAUUCCCUGUUAAAAACCUCAUACACAAACUGAGCGAGGGAGAAAAAAGAAAACAAGUGGGAAACAACUAGCAUUAAAGGUCUAUCUGCUAUUUUGUUCCUUCAAGAAGCACCAAUAGGAAGUACAAAACCAAUUGAGACUAGAAACAUUUAGAACCAGGGAAGUGCAAGAGAAAUUAGAACUGUUUUCCAUUUUCUAACUUUUCUGAAAUUAGGUUCUGCAUUAUCAUAUUGAAAUAUCUAACACCUUGUAGACAAUACUAUCAUAGCAUCAAAGGGUUUGAAUACUUUUGAAUCAGAAUUUUGCAAAAAAAAAUGCUGAAAUAAAUAAUUGUAGACAUCUAACUUUUUCUUCCUCAUCCACAAAAGCAAAACUUUUGCUACAAAAGAUUUUUCCUAAAAUUCGUUGUUUUUUAGAAAUUUCUAGAAAUUGUAGGUUUCCAUUGGGGUAUGUAAACUUUUGACCACAACUGUGUGUGUUGUGUAUGUAUGUGUGGGUAUAUAUAUAUAUAUAUAGACGUGCUCAAAUUUGUUGGUACCCCUCCACAAAAAACGAAGAAUGCACAAUUUUCUCUGAAAUACUUUUGUCAGUUUCAAGUUAAUUGACAUCCACCAUUGUUUAUUCCAUAUUUAAUAGAAAUCUGACUUUGCUUUUGAUUUUUUAUUCAACAUAAUAUUGUAAAUAAUAAAACAAAUGAAAAUGGCAUGGACAAAAAUGAUGGGACCGCUAACCUAAUAUUUUGUUGCACAACCUUUAGAGGCAAUCACUGCAAUCAAACGUUUUCUGUAGCUCUCAAUGAGACUUCUGCACCUGUUAACAAGUAGUUUGGCCCACUCUUCCGGAGCAAACUGCUCCAGCUGUCUCAGGUUUGAUGGGUGUCUUCUCCAGACUGCAAGUUUCAGCUCUUUCCAUAAAUGUUCAACAGGAUUCAGAUCAGGACUCAUAGAAGGCCACUUCAGAAUAGUCCAAUGUUUUGUUCUUAUCCAUUCUUGGGUGCUUUUAGCUGUGUGUUAUGGGUCAUUGUCUCAGUCACAGGUCAUGGGUCCUCCAAUAGGAUAGAGCUUUCUGACACUGGGCAGUACAUUUCGCUCCAGAAUGCCUUGAUAGUCUUGAGAUUUCAUUGUGCCCUGUACAGAUUCAAGGCACCCUGUGCCAGGCGCAGCAAAGCAGCCCCAAAACAUAACCGAGCCUCCUCCAUGUUUCACUGUAGGUAUGGUGUUCUUUUCUUUAAAGCUUCAUUUUUUCAUCUUUGAACAUAGAACUGAUGUGACUUGCCAAAAAGCUCCAGUUUUGACUCAUCUGUCCAAAGGACAUUCUCCCAGAAGGAUUGUGUCUUGUCAAUAUGCAUUUUAGCAAAUUCCAGUCUGGCUUUUUUAUGUUUCUUUCAAAAGUGGAGUCCUCCUGGGUCUUCUUCCAUGGAACCCACUUUCGCUCAAAAAGCAACUGACGUACCUUCACCUUGGAGUUCAGCUUGUAUCUCUUUGGCAGUUAUCCUUGGUUCUUUUUUCUACCAUUCGCACUAUCCUUCUGUUCAAUCUGGGGUCGAUUUUCCUCUUGCGGACGCGCCCAGGGAGGUUGGCUACAGUUCCAUGGACCUUUAACUUCUUAAUAAUAUUUGCAACUGUUGUCACAGCAACAUCAAGCUGCUUGUAGAUGGUCUUGUAGCCUUUACCAUGCUUGUCUAUUUUCUUUCUGAUCUCCUCAGACAACUCUCUCCUUUGCUUUCUCUGGUCCAUGUUCAGUGUGGUGCACACAAUGAUACCAAACAGCACAGUGACUACUUUUCUCCAUUUAAAUAGGCUGAAUGACUGAUUACAAGAUUGGAGACAUGUGUGAUACUAAUUAAAGAAACUAAUUAGUUUGAAAUAUCACUAUAAUCCAAUUAUUUAUUAUCUUUUCUAAGGGGUACCAACAAAUGUGUCCAGGCCAUUUUAGAAUAUCUUUGUAGAAUAAGCAAUAAUUCAUCUCUUUUCACAGCUUCUUUGCUUUAUUCUAUGACAUACCAAAGGCAUGCAAGUAUACAUGAUAAAAUAGCUUUUAAUUUCAUCACUUUUCAGGAGGAAUGAAGCAUUAUUUCAAUGAGCUGUACGGGUACCAACAAAUUUUGUUGUUUUCAUUUAUGUUUUAUUAGAAUUCUUGUUUGGUUUGGAUCAGCAGGGAGGGGGUUAAUUGGUUAAUUGUUAAUUAUUGGUUAAUUGGGCUCCAGCCACAGACUAUAAAAACCAGAAGAAUACCUUUGUUUGGGGAGUGUGGUUUGGUAGACAGACAGACAGACACAGAGUAAGGGUUGUUUGUAAAAGUGUAUAGAUACCUGUUUACUUUGAUUUAUUUGUUCCAGUGUUUUGUUGAAAGCCUUUGUUUCAUGCUUAAACCUUUUGUUUGGCUCUUGUGCUUUUUUGUUUGUGUUUUUGUCAAUUAAAGUGUUUUUGUUUCACUGCA